UUCUUCUCCAUGUAGGUUCAGUAGCUCUUGAAAUAUCUCAGUUUUGAGGUUUUAUAAAUGCUAGUUUUGGAGGUUAUAGUGUCAUUCUCAAGUGUUGGUCUAACAUUUUCUUGAAGGUUGUAAUAGAUUUACUUAGAGAAUGAUCAUAUCAGAGAAAACUGGUGGUGGGUUAUCAUGGAGUAGGGAUGAUGAUAUUGCUUUUGAGAGAGCUCUUGUGGUUUAUACCGACGAGACAGAUAAUCGUUGGGAAAAGAUUGCUGACUCUGUUCCAGAGAAAACUCUAGCACAAGUUAUAGAACAUUACGAGAGUUUACUUCAUGAUGUUAUGAUGAUUGAAUCUGGAAUUGUACCUCUUCCUGAUUAUAAUGAUGUCCCGAUAGAAACAAAUGUUCGAGAAAGAAGCAUUGGGGAACGUAGUAUCAAUCGCAAAUGUGAGUAUAAGCAAGAAGAUGAACCAAAACCAAAGCGACGUAAGGCGAUUCCUUGGACACCGCUUGAACACAGUCAAUUUCUUCUUGGUCUAAACAAAUAUGGGAAAGGUGAUUGGCGUAGCAUUUCUCGUCACGUAGUAUUGACAAGAACACCAACUCAAGUUGCAAGUCACGCACAAAAAUACUUCGCACGUCUUAGUGCUACGAACAGAAGCAGACAGAGACAUAGCAUUCACGACGUCAACGUUUCGGAAAGCAGUAACAUCUCAGCAAUGAAAGCACCAAUCACAUGCCAAGACGCUCAAGCCACUUCGCAACCAUCGGUAGACCAUCAUGCAUAUGAGACACCAGCCAUAUGGAACACACAAGCCACUUCACCAACAUCACUAGACCAUCAUGUAUUUGGGACACCUACCAUAUGGAACAUGCAAGCCGCUUCGCAACCAUCAGCGAAUGUUCCUCUCUAUGGCACACCCACUACUGGCCAAUCAAUGGUUGGACCAUAUGUCUUACCUUAUGGAACUCAUGACAUGAAUCUCUUUGCGCCACCUUACAUGGCUUACCGGGCUCAACACCAUUCGACACCUUACUCCCCAGUUCCUAGUGCUUCGUUAAACACAGGGAUAGUUCCAGACAACAUGACAAAUAUACCUACUUCUCGUUAGGUGAUGAGGUUGUAUAAUUUAUGUUUGUUUCAG